AUGACAGUUACUAAAAAAGAAACAACUGACGAUAAAAUAAACCCACAACUUCACCAAGAAUCAGUAAAAUCAGAACCACGACAGGAAGAGGCACAGACGUCGUCAUCCUCCAAAGAAAACAAGACCACUUCCACUGAUGCUGCAUCAUCCGCCACAGCUACAGGUUCACGUAAACUACCACCAUUAGCUAGUCUACAAUCAGUCUACCGUAGCGAUUAUCAACCAUUUACGACUUUUUUACCUUAUGAACCAGCAUUUAGAGAACAACAAUCUAAUGGCAGUUCCUCGGUUGGGGCCAUGACGACCAAUAUUGCAGCCAGUGCUUUAUCACGAUUAGAAUCGGGCGAUUUUGGAACUGCGGGGAGAAACAACAACAAUAACAAUGAUAAUGAUGAAGAUGACGUAAAGCCGGCGUCAAAUGAAACCAAGCUGGAGAAAUCCCACCAUUCAGGAGUACAAGCAGCACACGAUCGACUUAAACAACAACAGCAACAACAACACCCACAUAAAACCAAACCAUCUACCACAACCUCUUCCACUGCCUCGCUCACUACCAAUGACCAGCAGAAACCAUUCAAAUGCACAUUCGAAUCCUGUGAAUGGUCAUUCGCACGUCAAUCAGAUCUUACGCGUCACUUCAAAUCCCACAUGGCACCACAAUACAAUUGCCCCUAUUGGAAAAACGACCCUACAUGCCACAAGAACGGAGGCGCUUUUAAUCGAUUAGAUGUCUUAAAGCGACAUUUGAAAUUGGUGCAUUAUGUACGUGAUAAACGAUUACCUAUUGGUGAAGGUAGCUCUGUGGAGAUAAGUAAUAAUGGUACAAACUCUAGAGGAUCUGUGAUUAAAAGCGUUGAUGAACCGGGCUGGUGUCGAUCGUGCCAAAGGAUGUUCCCUAAUGCCAAAGCGUUUAUUGAACAUUGUUAUGAAUGUGCUUCUCAAACCCAACCUACUGAAUGGCGAUCUCAAAAGAGCACCAAUGUUGAUAGUAGUGGCGCUAGUGGUUCUGGUGUUGGUGGGUCUUCAACGGAUGCUGAUUUACACCAAACUAAAUUUAGAGUACUUAUAGGGCCACCUCAGAAUAAGAAACAGAAAACUACAGCCACAUAG